AUGCCCGAUAUGGACAUGUUACCGCCGCGGACGCGGCCCAAGAAGAUGAGCGUCGUUGUCAUUCUCUCGUACGCCUUCGACUGGCUGAUUAUGGUUGUCGUCGGCCUCAUCGGCUACUUCCUGGGCGAAGUUACGCCGAACAAGAGACCUUUUAGUUUAUUAGAUCCCAACAUUGCAUUCCCCGUGACCCAACAUGAAACCGUCAAUUCUGGCCUUCUUCUGGCCUUAAACUCUGGCGUCCCCAUUGUCAUCAUCCUUGUCGUCGCGCUGGUAUUCGUCCCAGGUCGCACCGUGCCCGAGGGCACCCCUAAAUCACUGAUAUGGAAGCGGAAGCUCUGGGAACUUCACAUGGGCUGGCUCGGGCUGGCGCUUUCAUUGAUAUCGGCCUGGAUCAUAACGCAAGGGAUGAAGAACCUGUUCGGCAAGCCGCGACCCGACCUACUAGACCGCUGCAUGCCCGACGUCGCCAACGUCACGGCUCACAUCGUGGGCUUCACCAGCCCCCUCCUGGGCACCAACCCCGGAUCCAAGUACAACGGGCAGCUCGUCAGCGCCACCAUCUGCACCAAUUCCGACAAGGCCUUCCUCGACGACGGCUUCCGCAGCUAUCCCUCGGGCCACGCGAGUUCCGCCGCCGCAGGACUGAUCUACUUGUCCUUCUUCUUGGCGAGCAAAUUCGCCAUCACGUUUCCUUUCGUGCCGCAGGAGACCAUCGCGCGCGACUCGAGUGCCGUGACUGCCUUCCCUUCUCGUCUGGCCCGUCGCACCGGAGCCGGGGCCUCGCUGUCGGCUGACACGGCUUACGAAGGCAUGCGCUCGCGCUCCGUCUCAGCAGUCGACGACGAUGUAUCCUCACCCCUCGACCCGGCCGUCAUGAAGCAGAUCGGUGUGCACAACAGCACUGUCGCCGCCGUGCGCCGCCAGGCAGCCGCACCUCCCGUCUAUCUCCUCCUCCUCGCCGUGCUGCCUUUCUUCCUGGCCGUAUUCAUCGCGAGCUCGCGCUGGUUUGAUUUCCGGCACCACGGUUUCGACAUUCUUUUCGGCUUCAUAAUUGGGACGAUCACGGCUUACUUCUCGUUCCAAUACUACCACAUGCCCAUUCGCGCAGGCGGUGGCUGGGCUUGGGGGCCGCGCAGCCACGACAAGGCGUUCUGGGCCGGUCUCGGAUCCUGGAGCUACGCCUCUGACAAGCGGCACUGGCUCCGGAAUGACGACGGCGAGGAAAUGCAGCGUCCGUACAUGUCGGGUCAGGAUAUCGAGCUCGGGGGACUACGACAACGGGGUGCAUCGCCAGUGGCUAAGCCAGGAGAUGUACGCACGUAUCAUGUCAACCGUGACGAGGGUUCGCGGACAACGCUCGAGCCGCAGGAGAGCGAGCGCAUCUAA